AUUUUUUAUUUAUCAAAAAAAAAUCCCACUGAACUCUGUUUCACUUCUUCCCAUGAAACCUUAGGAUUGUGUUACAAACAUGGAAGUUCUGUCUCUCUCCGUUACAUUCACCAAAUCUCAAACCUUUCCCUCAUUCAGACCAAAAAACACAACCCAAAUUCACCAACUUCCAAUAAAAACAAAACUACCCAACAAAAACAAUCACUCUUCUUCUUGUUCCAUUUCAUGUAGUUCCUCUUUUACUAGAAUUUCAGCAACAAGUAACCAAACAUCAAUUCCACAAACCGAUAUGUUGUUGUUCCCUAAUGGAAAUUCAAAGCAUUGGGUUGUUAGAAUGGAUAAACCUGCUGUUGGUGUUGUUACCAAAGCUCAAAUUGUUGACCAUUAUGCUCAAAUUUUGACCAAAAUCAUGGGAAACGAGAAGGAUGCACAAAUGUGUAUAUAUCAUGUUUCAUGGAAAACCAAUUUUGGGUUUUGUUGUGAACUUGAUGAGGAUUGUGCACAUGAGCUAUCUGGUGUGCCUGGGGUCUUGUCUGUUCAGCCAGAUGACAAUUUUGAGUCUGAAAAUAAGGAUUAUGAAGGUAGAAAUUUGGAAAAUAGUCUGAAUAUGCCAAAUUCUUCUGAAGCAAGUCAGGAAGCUUCUGUGAAAACAAAGAAACUUUUUGUGACAGGGCUAUCAUUUUAUACAUCUGAGAAAACCUUACGCGCCGCAUUUGAAGGCUUUGGUGAGCUUGUUGAAGUUAAAGUUAUUAUAGAUAAAAUUUCAAAAAGGUCCAAGGGUUAUGCAUUUAUUGAAUACACCACAGAGGAGGCUGCAAGUGCAGCACUCAAAGAGAUGAAUGGCAAGAUUAUUAAUGGCUGGAUGAUAGUGGUAGAUGUUGCCAAGACUACCCCACCAAGAUACAACAAGGGUCAUGCCAGACCAUCUGCUUGAUAAGAAAAGAUGUCUGUAAGAUUUGGGAGCUAAAUGCAAUGCAUGCUUCAUUCAACAAUGCUUGGACGGGGAUGUUAUAAGGGGCAUGUGCAAUACCCCUGACCAAGUUACUUCUCUAUCAUUUCAUGAUAUAUAGCCUUCCCCUCUGUGUCCAUUUGAUUGAACUUAUCUUCAACAUGCAAGCAGAUGUGUAGACACCCAUAAUAUUCUCCGGAGAUGUUUUUCGGUAGUUAUAACUACACAUGCUCUUAGGAAGUGAAAUGUUGUCUUCACGUACCAGCGAUCACCAGGGGUGAAUCCAGUGUAUCAUGAGGGUCUGCACCUGCACACACUGAACUUUCAAAAACUUCACCAAUAUCCCUAUAUUUUUACAUUUUGAACAUACUGAAAUUUUUAAUUUGCACUUUUGGCCCAAAGACUUUGCAAAUAGAUCUUAAAUACCUCUAACAUCUUUAUGAAA